AUGGCAAACAAUAAUCAAGUAAAUACAGAUACUGAUCCAGAAAAUAAAAUUCUUUUAGAACCAUAUGAAUACAUUCGUACAAUACCUGGAAAAGGAAUUCGACCAAAAUUAAUUAAAGCAUUUAAUUUUUGGUUACAUAUACCUGAUGAUAAAUUAAAUGUAAUCGAAGAACUUGUUGAAAUGCUUCAUAAUGCAUCUUUACUUAUUGAUGAUAUCCAAGAUAAUUCAAAAUUACGCCGUGGUGUACCUGUUGCUCAUAACAUCUAUGGUGUUCCAUUAACAAUAAAUGCAGCUAAUUAUAUCUAUUUCUUAGCUAUGCAAAAAGCUACUGUCCUACAACAUCCUGAUGUAACACAAAUUUUUAUUGAUCAAAUGUUAGAAUUACAUCAUGGACAAGGUAUGGAAAUUUGGUGGCGUGAUAAUUUUGUUUCUCCAUCGGAAGAUGAAUAUCGUCAAAUGAUUAUACGAAAAUGUGGUGGCCUAUUUAAUUUAGGUGUACGUCUUAUGCAAUUAUUUGCACCUAUUGAAAUACGUAAUACAUAUAAAUUUAAUAAUUUAUGUCAAUUAUUAUCUUUACUUUUUCAAAUACGUGAUGAUUAUUGUAAUUUAAUGUCAAAAGAAUAUGCAAAUAAUAAAUCCUAUUGUGAAGAUUUAACUGAAGGAAAAUUUUCAUUUCCAAUUUUACAUGCUGUUAAUACACGUGAAACCGAUACACGUAUUAUACAUAUACUUAAACAACGUACAGAAGAUAUUGAAUUAAAACGUUAUUGUGUUAAAUUAUUACAUGAAUUUGGUUCAAUUGAAUAUACACGUCAAAUAUGUGAAGAUUUAGCUAAACAAACAUAUGAUGAAAUUGAUGCAUUAGGUGGAAAUAUUUAUUUAGAAAAAAUUGUUCAAACUUUAAUGGAAGUAUUUCAUGAUGAUAAUGAUAGUGGAAAUGGACAAGAUCUUGAAACCAGCGAUAAAUAUAUUGUUGAUCAUAAAGUUAAACUUGAACAAAAUAAUAGAAAUUAUAAUAAGAUGACAUCGAAUAUCAAUGGUCGAUAUCAUACAUAA